UAACCACGUAUCCCCCAUAGACAAAGGCAAUAGAAGUACACUCACUUUUUUAACAAGAAACAAAUUUUUGGAAUUCAAAAAUUUUCCAAAUGAGGGAAAGAUUUUUUCUUUCUUUUUUAUUUCUUUUUAUUUUUAUUACCCAAAAUUAAAAAUCUUUUUAAUAAAUAGAGGAGAUUAGAUGCAUGAAGAAGAAGUAAAUAACACGUUGCAGAUGAGAGGUAGAAAAUAAAAACAAAAGUUUCCGUAGCAGCACAAAAAAUAAAAAACUUCGAUUGGAGGAAAAAACGAGUAAAUAAUCAAACAAACAUACAUAUAAAAAGGGUCAGUCUUCCCUGUUUGUUCCCUCUUUAUUCCUCUGUUUAUUUCUGGAAUGUGUGAUGAAGAAGAAAUAUCAUAAAUUUAAAUCACUUCAAGAAUUUUAUAAUCAUGGUGAUUUUCCUUUGAUUCAAAAGGCAUGUCUUUUCUUCUUUCAUUUCCUUUAAUUUGUUUCAUUUGAUUGGUUUUUAUGAUUAUUCCGGGUUUAAUUCUUAUCUGUGUUACUUUAUUUUCUUGCAUGUUUGAAUAAAAUCCUAUCUUUAGGUUUAGCAUUUCAUUCAAAAUUUGGGCAUUUUGUAAAUUUGACUAGGGUUUUUUUUAGGAAGGGUUUAUCAAUGUGAAAAAUUUGUGGGUUUGUAAUCUUUUAUUGUUUCUUCAAUCUAUAAACUAUUUUGAUGAGUAUUAUUAUUAAUUGUCGUAAUCCCAUUUGGUUUAUUUUGAAUUUUCUUUGAUGGGGAUUAGUUUAAAAUUAAAUGGGUUUAUGACGACAUAAAUUAUGUGGGUUAUGUUUUUCCAUUGUUUUUUUACGAACAAACAAUUUUGUGGUUUAGAUUGAAUCUUGACUUUGUAUUUGUUUAUCUUUAAAUGUCAUUUUAUUAUGAUUAAUGAGAUCUUAAUUUCAAUGGUGGGUGUUUCACGUGUAAGUGAAUUAAAGGCUAAGCAGAAUCAUUAUGGGGAUUUGGGAGUGGCUGCUGGCUUGAACAAAGUCUCAUUGGAUCAGUUGAUUGUCGAUCAAGCUUCCUUUCAUGAAUUAUCUACUGAAACCGAAGACUUAAACCAAAGGCAGCUUUUCGCUAGUGAAACAAGUCAUAUUCAAUCAUUUGCUGAAAAUUUUCGAAGUUUAGGUUAUAUGAAAGAUCCUGUUCCAUUCGAAAAUUUGCAAAUGUUGCAAAAUUUGACUACUUCUCCGGACACAGUAAAACAGCACGAUCAAGAUUUUAUUGACUGCAAAGGUGAUGAUAGCUCUUGCAUUAGCAAAGAUGAUGCUCUGCGCUUUGGUGGUGUAGAUCAUAAGAAUGUGACGUCUAGUGCAGCUUCGGUUAAUAGUCCCUUUGCUGAUGUUUGCGAGAAAUUUGUAAGUCGUCAAUCUAUUACAGAUGGCUCUCCAGUCGAUCAAACGUCUGUUGAAGAAGGUGACCAGCAUGCCACAAUAUCAAACAAGUAUUCAAGUAAAGCUGUACUGCCAACACUAGGUUCUGCUGAUGGCGUGAAGUCUAAUUUACCAUUUACAGGCACACAGAUACCUCAUCUUCAGAGCCAGGAUAUUAUGGAUGGCAAUGGAUCAGAUGAAUUGGUCGAUGUUAGAGUAUGUGAUAUUUGUGGUGAUGUUGGUCGGGAGGCAUUGCUUGUUCUUUGUAGCCAGUGUAAUGAUGGAGCAGAGCAUAUUUAUUGUAUGACUCCAACGAUGGAUAAAGUCCCUGAAGAUGAUUGGUUGUGCGAAGAGUGUUUGUUAACGCAAGAUUUGAAGAGACAGUGCCUAGCUGCAGUGAAGAGGCUAGAUAAUGCUCCAAAGCCUUCAUGUUUGAGGGUUCAGCAUGUCGGUAAAAUGAAGAAAAAUCAUUUCAGUGAUGCUUCCUUCUUAUCUGAUGAGAGACUUGGGCUUACUAUGGAAAUGAGAUCAGAAAUAAAGAAAAUAUUUUUUGACGGAAGGAUAAAAUCGCUGAAGUGCUCUGUCUCUGGGAUGAAAACGCAGUUUUCUCGGGCUUCUUCAUUGAAGAUCUUGGGUGAAAACACAGCGCGCCAGGUAUCUUCUUUUGUUGAUCUUCCUGCUGAGAAAGCGAUGAAGCAAAAAUGUUCAUCAGCUCAUAGAUCAUCCAAAUCUAAACAAGGAUUAUGUGGAGGAUCUGCCAAUGCUUCUGGGUCAAUUAUGGGAGUGCGAUGCUCACAAGAAGACAUACGUCAAAGCAGAAGGUCUACCGAUGCAAGUUCUGACUGUGAACUCACAAAUCAUCAUUCUGACAAGAAGCUGCACAAAAGAAAAGCCAAACAUUAUUUAAUGUGGAAAAACAAAAGCCAAAUGGGUUCAUCGCUUUUUGGGUCUAGCCCUUCUAGAUUUAACUCUACUAAGACCAAGAGCGUUUCGAGGAAGGUUAAGGCGACACAUUCUUCUAGAAAGAACGUCAACAUCAAAAAAUCCUACCAGCUCAACGGCAAUACAAAUGUGAAGACACUUGUUCCCCAAAGUCAUGAAGGCAAAGAUUGUUCGAACACAAUCAUUGUUAGACCUAUUGAAGAAAGGAAGUCACCCUGUCAAUCAAGUGACAUAAAUGUGACCGGUAAUCCUGAACAGACAGUGAAUUUAACCACUCAGAAAGCUGAUUUUGACAAUGUCCCAGAAGAUAACAAUGAUCAUUCAGUUGCUUCGCACAAAAUUAUGCCAUUUGACUCUCAACGCGUGGAAGUCAUGCCUACACCUGAACUGGCAAAUGAUGACUAUAUGGUUACGGCCAUGAUUUCUGUUGUCCCAGAUCCUGCAUGCAUUUGGAAGGGAAUAUUUAAAUUGGAGAAAAGCGGAAAACUUCCAUUCGAAUGCUGUGGGGUAGAAGCGCACUUAUCGACUUGCGCAUCUUCCAGAGUAAUUGGAUUGGUUCAUAAGUUCUCAACUGAGCUUCUGUUAAAGGAAGUUCCACGUUUGCAAACGUGGCCUAUUCAAUUUCAAAACUAUCAUCCGACAGAGCAAGAUAUUGCUCUCUACUUUUUUGCUCAAGAUUUAUCGAGCUAUGGAACAAGUUACAGAAUGUUGCUUGAAGACGUGACAAACAAUGAUUCAGCUUUAGAGGCCAACUUUGGUGAUUUUCAGCUUUUAGUUUUUCCGUCUAGCUUGCUUCCUUUGAGAUCACAGCGCUGGAAUUCUCUCCCGUUUUUCUGGGGCGUCUUUAGAACAAGGAAAGCUGAUGACUCUUAUAGCCCUAGCUUAAGCACGAUGACGGUGAAUGAAGCUUUUUCUUCUCCUGGUAGUUGUGGAUCAGAGAGCAAAUUUGUUUCUGCACCUCGUACAUUCCACAACUUCAUUCAAGUAUCAGAAGUUGUUGAUCCUAUGGUUUUGCAAUCUGCCGUGUUGGUCAAGUGUGGGGACCGAGGAUAUGAACGUGAAGUAGCUUCACCGGAAAAACAUACUCCGAAAAGGAAGCAGGUCCGAUCUCAUACUAUUCCUUUUGUCCAUGAUUGCAGAAACGAGGUUUUGGACUGUGGGCUAUUUGGUGAUAACUCGCAGAAAGAAAAGAUAUUCGAUAAAGAUAUAAAAAACAUUAACAAGACUGAUGGAGAAGGCAUUACAGCAAUCGACUUCUUUUCUGAUGUAAAUUACAAGGGUCAAAAUUGCACUCGAGUCUAUGAAUCUGCCUCUGGAUUCAGACAGACGUGUGAUGUUGCUAGUGUUUCUUUUUCGUUAGACUCGGGACCAUCAGGGUCAUCUGAUGGCGGGUACGCUAAAUCAGCUAAAGAAGAACCAUUAGAGAAUUCUGGAUACUAUAACGCUAUUAAUCUCGACCUCUACUUGGGCAAUAGAUCAGAAGAAGCAGUCGAUUUGAAUUUGUCUCUUGGCUUGCCUAAUAUAAGCAGAUAUAACCCUAAAGAGUCGUUCAAGAAUGGAAGCAGUCGAGAUGGAAAUGUUUCACUGGUCCUCUCUCUUGGAUUGCCAUCGUGGAAUAGCUGACUGCUGGUAUUUUAAGCUUCAACGUGUGUCGAUGACUUGCUCUUAACACUGUUUCUGUUGCUGCUGCUCAGUCAGGCUUUAGGCAUAAUGAUGUAAAUACUAAAUAGUACUUCUAUAGAACAAAGGUAUGUGAUAAAAUAGUAGCUAGGUGCUUAUAUGAGAAUAAAUUAUAGAACUAGAAGCAAAAGUUCAGAUGUCCGAUGAUAGUUAAAAAUGUUACAUACAUAUGAGAGCUGUUAAUUUCGAGUUUCAAGCAAUAAUAGAGAUCGUUUCAGCGGCAGCAUA